AUGGUGUAUAUCAGGCAGCGAAACUUGAAGAAGCUCCAUGAGUACAAAUACUCCGGGGUGGACAAGUCUCUUGUGUCAAGAUAUGUGCUGAAGCCGUUCUACACCAAUGUUGUCAUCAAGUUCUUUCCCAUGUCAAUGGCGCCCAACCUCAUUACCUUGACAGGUUUCAGUUUUGUGAUCAUUAAUGUCCUUACAAUGCUGUGGUACAAUCCGACGCUCGAUACCGAUUGCCCUCCGUGGGUCUACUUGACCUGGGCCAUUGGUCUGUUUCUGUACCAGACUUUUGACGCCGUGGAUGGCAGCCAGGCUCGCCGGACACACCAAAGCGGCCCAUUGGGCGAAUUGUUUGACCAUGGGGUUGAUGCGUGCAAUACUAGUCUUGAAGUUCUCCUUUUCGCAGCCUCCAUGAAUCUUGGCCAGUCUUGGAAUACUGUCCUCACUCUCUUCGGCACGAUCCUCACCUUCUAUAUCCAGACCUGGGAAGAAUAUCAUACCCAUACUUUGAUGUUGGGUGUAGUUUCUGGCCCCGUGGAGGGAAUCUUGACCUUGGUUGUGGUCUACUUCAUCACCUUCCUCAAAGGUGGUGCGAGUUAUUGGCAACAGCCAAUGCUGCCCAGUCUCGGUCUCCCCAAAAGCGAUCUUGUCCCGGCCUCUCUGUAUCAAAUGGCUUGGAACGAGUGGUACAUGGUCUAUGGUGGGCUGGUAUUGGUCUUCAACACCAUCAGCAGCGCAUUGAACGUCAUGAAUGCCCGACGACAAAGAGGCCAGGAUCCUUACAAAGCACUCGUCGGACUGGCUCCUUUUGCUAUCACUUGGACCUUGAUACCGACCUAUCUCUGGCUGAACCCGGUAAUUCUCCACCGUCAUCUUGUUCCGUUCAUCAUCUUUGCUGGAAUUGUGAAUGCCUAUUCCGUUGGGCAAAUGAUCGUGGCCCAUCUGGUCAAGGACAAAUUUCCCUACCAAAACGUACUCGUGGUCCCCUUGGCUUGUGCCAUAGUCGAUAGUUUGGGCCCCACACUGGGACUGUGGCCAAGUGCGCUCGGUGACGAUGUCUACCAGGUGGCGUUUGUUUUCCUGUCACUAGGCCUCGCGCUCGGCGUGUACGGAAGCUUUGUUCACGAUGUCAUUACAACGAUCUGUGACUAUUUGGAUAUCUGGUGUCUCACGAUCAAGCACCCUUACGUGGAAGAUGCCCAGAAUGCUGAGGUCAAGAAGUCCAAAUGA